AUGCAAGCAGCAUUGACGGCCUUCUUCAUGUUCCUCUUUAUCCUGCAGAUUUUUCUGGGGAUUUCAGCGAAUGGCUUCAUUGCGCUGGUGCUGGGCAGGGAGUGGCUGCAAUAUGGCAGGCUGCUCCCCUUGGACAUGAUCCUCAUUAGCUUGGCUGCCUCUCGCUUCUGCCUGCAGUUGCUUGGGUUGAUACACAACUUCUACUACUCUGCCCGUGUGGUCGAGCACUCCGGGGAUCUCGGUGAACAGCUCUUCCGUCUACACUGGCACUUUCUGAACUCAGCCACCUUCUGGUUUUGCACCUGGCUCAGCAUCCUGUUCUGUGUGAAGAUUGCUAACAUCACCCACCCCACCUUCCUGUGGCUGAAGUGGAGGUUCCCAGGGUGGGUGCCCUGGCUCCUGUUGGGCUCUGUCCCGAUCUCCUUCAUCACAACUCUGCUGUUUUUUUUGGUGAACUACUUUGCAUAUCAAGAAUUUUUCAUUAGAAAAUUUUCUGAGAACAUGACCUACGAGUGGGAUACAACAACAGAAAUUAACGAUUUGCUGCCCCUGAAACUGGCCAUAUGGUCCAUUCCUUGCUCUGUUUUUCUGGUCUCAAUUAUGCUGUUAAUUAAUUCCCUGAGGAGGCAUGCUCAGAGAAUGAAGCACAAUGGCCACAGCCUGCAGGACCCCAGCACCCAGGCUCACACCAGAGCUCUUAAGUCCCUCAUCUCCUUCCUCAUGCUUUAUGCUCUGUCCUUUCUGUUCCUGACGGUUGAUGCUAUAAAAUUUAUGACUGUACAGAAUGACUUCUACUGGCCAUGGCAAAUUGCCAUCUACCUGUGUGUAUCUGUCCAUCCUUUCAUCCUCAUCUUCAGCAACCUCAAGCUUCGAAGCACGCUCUGGCAGCUCCUGCUGUUGGCUAGGGGCUUCUGGGUGGCCUAG